GCGAUCAUGUUGGGCUGAUCUCACUUUGUCUUGUGUCAACUUCUACUGCUUGUCUUCUGUCGGACAGGCGUAGAUCUUCAUUACCAUGACCGACCACUACGAGAAGAAGAAAGACUUCGGAGUCUCUACUCAAGUCACUGAUACUCCGCCGACCUACGAUGGCAGCGAUAUUGAGCGCGUGCAGUCAGGCACGGUCCGUGACCAGACUCAUCGUAGCUUGAAAGCUCGUCACUUGCAACUGAUUGGUAUUGGCGGCACCAUCGGAACAGCGCUCUACGUUCAGAUCGGUCGAGGUCUGCUCAACGGUGGACCCGGUAGUCUUUUGAUCGCGUUCGCUUUCUGGUGCUCUGUAAUCCUCGCUGUCACCAUGUGCAUGGCCGAGAUGGUCACAUAUCUGCCCAUUUCCUCGCCAUUCAUCCGAUUCGCUGAUCGCUAUGUUCACCCCUCGUUUGGGUUCGCCGCCGGAUGGAACUUUUUCGUUUUCGAGGCGAUUCUGGUGCCAUUCGAGAUUACAGCAUGCAAUGUUAUAAUCCGCUACUGGCCAGGAGCGGAGUCCGUUCCGACCGGUGCCAUCGUCGCCAUUGUCAUCGCACUUUAUGCAGCGAUCAAUGUGGUCAGUGUGAAGUGGUAUGGCGAGACUGAAUUCUGGGCAGCCUUGGGUAAAGUAAUACUCAUAGUCGGCCUGAUCAUCUGGACUUUCAUCUCUAUGCUCGGCGGCAAUCCACUCGGCGACAGGUACGGCUUUCGGUACUGGCAAGAACCCGGAUCCUUCAAGACAUUAUACUACGAUGGCCAACUCGGAUACUUCCUGGGCUUUCUACAGUGCUUGAUCCAAGCAAGUUUCGUGAUUGCGGGGCCUGAUUAUGUGUCAAUGAGCGCAGGAGAAUCCGUCAAUCCUCGGAAAGUGAUGCCGAAGGCCUUCAAUGGUGUCUUCUAUCGAUUAACAGCCUUUUUCGUUCUCGGCGCCCUUUGCGUAGGCAUCAAUGUCCCUUACAACGACCCGACAUUGAUUGCCGCGUUCCGAGACGGCAAGCCUGGCGCUGGAUCAAGUCCUUAUACUAUUGCGAUGUUACGGCUCAAGAUCCAGGUCUUGCCCGAUAUCAUAAAUGUCCUUGUGCUUCUCUCGGCAUUCUCGGCCGGCAACAGCUACAUGUACUGUGCAUCCCGAAGUCUCUUCGGGCUAGCAUUGGACGGCAAAGCUCCGAAGAUCUUCGCCCGCACGAACCGAGCCGGCGUGCCGAUCUAUUCGGUCGUGCUCGUGCUACUCAUCUCUUUACUAGCAUUCCUCUCGGUCAGUAAGGGCUCUCAGAAGGUCCUAACCUGGUUCAUCAGCUUGAUCACGGCAUCGCAGUUGAUCAACUUCAGUGUGAUGUGCACUACCUUCUUGUUCUGGAUGCGGGCUUUGAAGGCCCAGGGAGUUCCACGCGAGUCCUUACCUUACCGAUCUUGGUUUCAACCUUAUGCAGCCUGGUAUGGUCUGUUCUGGACAUUCAUCAUGACUUUCGUCGGAGGCUACACUGUCUUCCUACCUACCUUCUGGGCUGUCGAGGAUUUCAUCUUCAGCUACUUCAUGGUCGGCCUCUUUCCGGUUCUGUUCAUCGGAUGGUCCUUGAUCAAGAAGGCCAAGAUGCGCAAGCCCGAGGAAGUCGAUCUCAAGGGCGAAGUCGAAGAAAUCGAGGAGUAUACCCGGAACUACGUCCAGCCGCCGUACAGGAACGCGUUCGACAAGUGGUUCAACAUAAUUUUCGGCGCCUAAGCGUCGGAAGGUAAGGGACGUUUCGAAGAUACCAUAUAUAUGAUUUAUGAGACCCACACGCGCCUUGCCCAAUGCACCAGAUCGU